AUGAGUUUGAUGACCCGAUGGAGCCAUUGCAUCCUUUGCCUCUUACUGUUUAUACAAUCUACCUGUGCACAAAAAGGGUUUGUGAGUUUGCAGUGUUGUGCUGAUUCAGAAGUUACAGAUCCAAAUAGUAACAUAACUUGGAUAACGGAUGAAAAUUGGUACCCCGACAAGUUGAAUUGCCAACAGAUAAAAAGGGCGGCGCAAAACGAUACAUUGUAUGAUAAAGCUCGAUUUUUUCCCUCACAAUUAGGAACCAAAUGGUGUUAUAACCUAACAGCAGAGAAGGAUCAAGACUAUUUGAUCAGGGGUACAUUCCUUUUCGGUGAUCUCCAGAAUACGGCUCCAGGCUCCUUUGACGUUUUGGUUGGUGUUACACAAAUAGGCCUAGUGAACUCGUCUGCUCCUUCAGAGGUAGAGGGAAUCUUGAAAGCUACUAAUAACCAUUUUAACUUCUGCUUAUCGACAAAGAAGGGAGAGCCUUACAUUUCAAAGCUGGAACUGAGGCCUGUGAAUUCAGAUUAUCUGGAGAGGGAGCCUUCUAGUGUUCUUAAAGUCAUAGAUAGAGUUGAUGUUGGGAACACAGGACAGGAGAUCAGGUAUCCACAUGACCCGUAUGAUCGUAUCUGGAGGCCAGAAUUAAAUCCUGAUCAAAAUGCUACUCCGACAUCAUCAAGCUCUGCCAACACCACCAUCACCAGUGCUAACCUAACGGUCCCUCCAAUCCAAGUACUACAAACGGCUCUAAUCCAUCCGGAGCGGCUGGAGUUCCUACACAAUGACCUUGACACAGGGUACCAUGAGUACGAUCUCUUCCUUUACUUUCUUGAGCUCAAUGAUUCUGCUCAAGUCACUCAAAGAGUGUUUGACAUUUACAUCAACAACGAAAAGAGACGAGAGAUUGAUAUAUUGGCGGGUGGUUCCAAUUCCUACGCUGUCGUAUUGAAUUUCACUGCAAAUGGGUUUCUUAAUUUGACCAUGGUUAAGGCGUCAAAUGGAUCCCAACUGGGUCCCAUUUGCAAUGCUUACGAGAUUUUACAGGUUCACCCAUGGCUUCAAGAGACCGUUCAAAGAGAUGUGGAUGUGAUUGGAGAUGUGAGGAGAGAGUUGUUGGAGCGUAACCAGGAUAAUGAAGUCUUGAAGAGUUGGUCAGGGGACCCAUGUCUUCCUCUUCCCUGGCAAGGUCUAUUUUGCGAGCCUAUUAACGGUUCCACAGUCAUCAGUAAGCUGAACAUGAGCAACAAUGGGUUCACAGGCACCAUCCCAUUAUUCCCAGCUUCCUCUGCAUUGAUCUCAGUGGAUCUGAGCCACAAUGACCUCCUGGGAAAGAUUCCAGAGUCACUUACCUCACUUCCAUAUUUGAAAACAUUGUACGUCGGCUGCAAUCCUCAUCUCAGUAAAGAGCUUCCAGAGAGCUUCAACAGAUCAAGGCUCAAAACAGAGUAG